AUGGGGCCCUCCAGCUGGCUGGGGCUCUCCUGCGGCUGCAACAGAGCAGGGACUCGCGGCCGCAGCCGCGUCCCUCCCCUGGGCCCAUGGCAGCGGCGUCCUUGGCGCCCAGUUGCAAGCGGCUCCCCACCUUGGGCACCUCUUUGCAGCCAGAGCGGCUGCGGCACCUGGGUGCGCUGGGCCACGGGCGGCGCCGGCGGGGAGCGCUCUGAGCAGCCGAGCCGGCCGGGCAGCGAGGAGCUGCUGACGGCGGCGGAGAAGCGGAUCGUGGCGCUGCACCGGGAGGCCUGCGCGGCUGGCCUGCAAAACUAUGUGGAUCCAGUUACUGGCUAUUUAGUGUUCACCAAAGUUGCCCACUUGCAGAGAGGUAAAUGCUGUGGUUCUGCAUGCAGACAUUGUCCAUAUGAUCAAGCUAACGUAAAAGACCCGUCCAAAAAGAAGCGGUUCAAUUCAUUUUUUUAUACUUGACGAUCAGUGCAUUUGUCAUCUACGAUAGAGACUGCAGAAACCUAAGCCAGGAUCAGUUCUUUGUGGCUUCGACUGCAUUAAUAUUGGCAUUCCUUUUAUUGAUGCUGGGUUAUUUGAAUACAUUUCAAUUGUAAUAAAAACCAAGCUAAACCGUG